CGUCGUUGUGCCGCUAUAACGCUGUAAUGUCGUGUUGGUUACAAACGCGCUGCUUUCGGAGAUCUGAGUUAUGAAAGUGACUUGGAGUAAAUAUGGAGUUAUCGAAUAACCAAAUACCGUCUGAAGAGGACAAGCUUUCUAAAACUGAGACAAGUAAAGGUCACUGCGCCGGAGGACAUGAUCUUUCUGACACCUCAAUUUAUGUAACUAUCAAUGAAAACAAUCCAAAUGUCUCCUCAGAGAAUCUUCUGUCUCCUAAUAUCCUGGACAUACCUUAUCCAGAGAUCAGUCCCAGUCUCUCAGAUGGGUGGACUCAAGACUUUAGCUUUGAUUAUGUUAAAAAGAGCAGAACUCACGACUGUGUGACGGGGAUUAGAUUGGCGGACCCAGUAAGUCCUGAGAAUGGAGAUCGAGCACAGAUUUCAGCCAGGUAUCAUCACUCCAGGCUCUUUAACAGUGCUAGCUUUUCUGGAUUUAGUGCAACUCAGCAAUUGCUACAUGAAAAUCAGAAUACAUCUGGCAACAACCGGGAAAUCAUCGAUUACCGCAAUCUGACACCUCAAGUGCCAUUUGUGCCUUCCAUCGCCAAGUCCGUUCCAAAGAAAAGGAUCUUUCUUAGGAAGCCCAGAAAGACCAUCAAAGACCUUUUCAUCCACAAAAAGCACGACAGCGAGAAAGCAAUGUCACCAUGUACACCAUGUCGAGAAUAUGGACCAAAAGCAAAAAAAAAUAAGAAGUCCUCAAGAUGCCGCGAAUCAAGAACUUCUCGCAAAAUCAGCGAUACACUUUCCGACUCUUCAAGUGAAGGAUGCAGUAACGUAUGUGAGGAUGCUGUGUCACUCCAAAGCUUUGGCUCUCAAGCCGGUUGUGGAGAGAUAUUUGUGGAUGAGGAAUAUCUUGUCUCUCUGGAAGGCAUAUCCAAACUUAAAACAAGAAGAGAUACUAGUGAAACGCCAAAGCGAAGUCCUGUUAUGUUUCAGGGAGGUAUGGAGCAACUAGCAUCACCUGCUCUUCCUGAGGUCUUGGACUUGUUUGGGAUGUGGGACAGCAUCAAUAGGACUGUUCUCUUUAGUCCAAGUUCAGGCCAAGAAAUUACACUCUCCACACCAAUUUCUUUAUCGCCUUCUUCAAAAAGGACAGCACAUUCUGCUGAGGAUGUGACAGGCAAAAAUUUAACAGAACAAGAAAACAGCCUAAAUCAUACAGUGACGCCAAAAAGUGAGAACCAAGAAAGCACCAGUGAUGAGGGUUACUGUGAUUGUAAUUCUGCUGAAGAUCACACCGGUCAAUCUCUAACACCAGUACUUUCCAGAAAAUUCCCUAGGGACACGUACAGUGGAGAUGCUCUUUACGAGUUGUUUUAUGACCCCAGUGAAGCUGAAAUGACCCCCAUUUUUGAUGAUGACAUAGAUCUGCCAAGCAGCAUUAUUGGCCAGCCAAGUCCAGACCUCCCAUUAUCCAUGUACAGUUUCCAUAUUGGAUCUGAAGAGAACCUGGCACCUCCACUAUCAGUAGACCUCAUUAGCCAUGACUUUCUGCAGAGUAACUGGAUGGGAAAGGACUGUUUAUUGAAGCUUUGUGAUACAGAAAUUUCCCUUGCUAUGAGUAUCGUCAACUGGAUGAAGCAUAAGACAAUCAAGGGUACCCAACUGGGAACUCCAGGAAUUAGCACUGGAGAUAAUGGAGAUGUAUAUCAAGAAGAAAAAGUUCGAACAACGGACUUUGGAAAUGUCCCAAGUAAAGCAGUUAUCAGGACUGUUAACAGCAGAGACAAUAUAACUGACCUUAAAUUAAAUAAACCACAUCAACUAGAUAUUGGUCAUCUCUCAGUGCAACACCAAACGGGAGUAGUUACAACACCAGAGAGCCAACCCAGAACCCCAACAAGUCAUGUAUGCUUUCGGAUAUUUAAUAUUAACUCGCCAUCUACACCCAACAAAGAUUUGGUGUCUCCCAUAGGAUGUUCUCCUGGCUCUGGAUCAAGUUCCUUGUUUGUACUGGCCAUAAACAAAGAAUCUCUUUGUGAAUCUUGCAAGGGGUCCCUGAAACAUGGUGCCAAGGAUUUGCACCUGUGCCAUUCCUGUACCUCCUUCAUUGAGCAAAUAAAGACGUCAGAGCUGUGGCCUCACGCUAAUCUUUACCAUGCUAAGCUUGCAGGAAGUCCCCAAGCGUUGCUUCCAUCUCCAAGCAGCAGUUGCGGUAUAGCAAGUGACAUUAGUAUUCUUUCGCUAGUUGAGCAGUGUGCCAAUCAAAUGUCUUCCAUGAAUCUUAACCAGCAUCAACAUCCCUCUAAUCAUGAAAAAAGCGCUAUCAUCAAUCAAGGAAGUGAUAAAUGUUCAAUGAAAGAUUAUACUAGAAAGUAUGUCAAGUCCAAGCCCAAGAAGAAAAAGAAUGGGGCAGGACAUUUGGGUGAUAAUACAAACAUCAGAGGGAGUUUUAGCCAUGUUGCAUGUAGUCCAUCCUUACUGGAGGCAAAGAGCAUCGGUCUUGUCACAACCAAUGGAGCAGACACUGAAGUAUCUCAAGCUUCAAGGCCGACUUCCCUGCCUCUCUCAAGUGCUACCUCAUCUCGGUUUUCUAAAAAAGAGCACUGCAAUGGCAUCAAGGCCAAAUGUGAAAGAAUGCAACGAGACAGGAAACCGCCGGUCACCAGGGAAGGUUUAUCAAACAGUGUCACCUCAGAGGAGAGGAAGAUGGAACAAAGGCGCAGGAUGAAGAAAUAAAGCAGAUUUUCCCGUCAGUCAGAGCGAGUUUAUCAGGCAGCUAACGCCGCGUCUCCACCGGCCGGCCGCGUUACACACUCUCACGGAACUCAUCAUUAAUUAUUAAUCUCUCUGAUCAUCUCUUCUGAUGGAGGACAUUUAAAUGAUUUCCUUUUUCCUUUGAUGUGAUGAAAAGACGCUUUUUAUCCGUAUUCUGAUUUUUUCCCGGUUCUGUUCAGGUUGUCGAUCGAUCGGGCGGACGAACCGAACCAAGUGUUGGAGCUCUUAAAGGUUCUGUGUAGAACUCACACACGGUGUGUUUCCCUGUCAGGAAGAGUUCCCCACCAGACCCCUGUAAGAGACGCCUAUUGUGUGUGUGUGUGUGUGUGUGUGUGUGUGUGUGUUUUACAGCCUCAUGUGGAGACUCAGCGAGUGUGUGUUCCUGAGUUAAUGAUGAGGAAUAAACCUCACACAGGACGAGUUCUUCAGCAUUUUAUGUUCUUAGAUUUUAU